AUGGCUCAGGAUCCCCGCGCGCUGCUCCAAAAGGCCGAGAAGUCGCUGCAGAGUGCUGGCGGCGGCUUCAGCUUCUUUGGUGGUCGCGAGGACAAGUACCAGAAUGCGGCAGAGCUCUUUAUCCAGGCAGCCAACGCCUUCAAGAUGCAGAAGCAGAAUAUGGAGGCCGGCAAGGCCUUUGAGCAGGCGGCGCAAAUACAGACUGGCAAGCUCAACGAGCCUGACGACGCCGCCAACACCCUCGUCGACGCCUUCAAAGCCUACCGCAAGGACGAUCCCCAGGCCGCGGUGCGCUGUCUCAACGUCGCCGUUGACCGCUACUGCGCAAAGGGCAACUUCCGGAGGGCCGCCUCGCAGAAGGAGACUAUGGGCGAGCUGUACGAGCAGGACCUGGGCGACUCCAAAAGCGCCCUCGAGUGCUAUGAGGCUGCUGCCGGGUGGUUUGAGGGCGACAAUGCCAACGCGCUGGCCAACAAGCUCUGGCUCAAGGUGGCCGAUGUGGCGGCGCUCGAGGGCGACUACUACAAGGCCAUUGAAAACUACGAAAAGGUGGCGGAGCAGUCCAUCAACAACAACCUGAUGAAGUACAGCGUCAAGGACUACUUCCUCAAGGCGGGCAUCUGCCACCUGGCGAGCGGCGACCUGGUGGCGGCACAGCGCGGCCUCGAGCGCUACCGCGACAUGGACCCGGCCUUUGGGACGCAGCGCGAGCACAUGCUGCUGACGGACCUGUGCGAUGCCAUCGAGGCCAAGAGCCAGGAGCAGUUUAGCGACAAGCUGUUCCAGUACGACCAGGUCAGCAAGCUGGACAAGUGGAAGACGACGAUGCUGGUCAGGGUCAAGAACUCGAUUGAGGAGGCAGACGAUGAGUUUGCCUAG